UCACACAGUUGGCCUGUACUGGCAGUGUAGGUGACCACAGAGACAUCAGGACAGAGAUAGACAGAGAGACAUGAGCUGCCAGGCCUUCAGCAGUACUGACUCUUUCAGCGCUUUGAGUGGCGAUUCAGCUGCUCUGCCUCUGCUUAUGCACCAUGCUGGAACUGCUGACUGCCUUCCCGUCACCAGCCACACCACCAACAUUGUGCCUCCAGUUCCCUCUGGCCUGCCCCUGGUCCAGUCGUCCAAGCGCUCUCACAUGCAUCUGUCCACUUCUGCCCUGAGCAAUGCCUCAGCCGGCCUGCACUACUCCAUGCCUCCAUGUCACUAUAGCAACCAGCAGACCACCUACGGCAUGAUGGCAGCACAGGAAAUGCUCUCAGCCAGCAUCUCUCAAACACGCAUCCUGCAGACUUGUAGUGUCCCACACAAUAUGGUCAAUGGAGCCAACUCACUUCAAGGUGCCCUGGCUCCAUGUCUGUAUAAGUUCCCUGAGCACAGUCUGGCUGGAGGUUCGUGUACUCUGUCCCACAGUUUCUCUACACUGCCCCAGGCCCUAUUCACAGAUGAGCCUACCCUGGGGGACAUCAAACAGGAGUUGAGGAGGAAGAGUCGAGCCCCAGAGGAACCACCAGACAUGGACUCACCCCAGAUUCGUGAGCUGGAGAAAUUUGCCAAUGACUUCAAACUACGCAGAAUCAAACUUGGUUACACUCAGACUAAUGUUGGAGAGGCUCUAGCAGCUGUACACGGCUCUGAGUUCAGUCAGACCACCAUCUGUCGCUUUGAGAAUCUACAGCUCAGUUUCAAAAAUGCUUGCAAGCUGAAGUCCAUACUUGCCAAAUGGUUGGAGGAGGCUGAGCAGGCUGGUGCAUUAUUUAAUGACAAAAUGGGACUUCAAGAACGCAAACGGAAGCGAAGAACUACCAUCAGUCUAGGGGCAAAGGAGGCAUUGGAGAGGAAUUUUGUGGAGAAGAGUAAGCCAUCCUCACAGGAGAUUGUGCGCAUGGCAGAAGGUCUCCAUUUGGAGAAGGAGGUGGUGCGUGUUUGGUUCUGCAAUCGCAGACAGAGGGAGAAAAGAGUCAAGACAAGUCUACAUCACAGCUCUUUCAUGACCAAAGACACUGUAGGUAGACAUGAUAGAUGAUGAUGUGUUAAAAAGCUACUCUGCUCAGGCUCAGACCAUUUACCUCUUAACUCUUCAGACAAUCAAAGUAACUUUGUGUCAUAGAGAAUGGAGAAAUAUUGUCUUGUUCAGAGUAUUAUACAUAGUGCAUACUGACAUUGUAUCGGGGAGAAAAAAGUUCCUGGUUUGUGAACAGGAGUGAAUGUAGUGCUGUGCCUGUACAGAAGUGACCCAUUUAAUGGAACAUAUGCAGAGGAAAUGCUGUAUAUCAUUAGCAUACUGUUGGGUUGCCAUAAUAUUUUCACAUCACGUUGACUCAUUGUGAGGUUUAUUUUUUAAUUAUUUAUUUCUUUUAUUUGGAUGAACAAAUUAUUCAUCCAAGUUUGUGACGAAGCAUUUCGAUGUAGUAAGUUAUUUAAAUUAAUAUAUUCAGGUCUGUCUUUUGCAGUAAUUCAAAUGUAAUAUAUGGAAUUAAUCUACAAAUAAGGCAGUAAAAUACUGAUUUUUCUAUUGUUAAAUCACUGUAACAUAAAAAAAAGUGAAUGACAAUAAAAACACAUAAGAUGACUUCAUGGUGAGUGUAAUGAUCCUGUGAGUUUUUAAAGGCUCUCAUUCUAAUCACACUGGUCUUAAUACCUUAAAUAAUUAAAAACCUUGUAUAAUUAACAAAGGGAUCAAUUAACAGCAGUAAAAACUAAGUGUAGUACUCAAUUCACAACAGUCAUACUAGCAGAUAAAAAAGCAUGUGCGCGCACACACACACGUGGGGGAUGCAUAUGUCCCAAGUGUGGAGGCAGACAUUAAUUUACUUCUCCAGGUGUGUAGAGCAGUAGCAAUAGCUAUUCAAUCUCCCCACUGGUUUUAUUGUGGAAUAUUUAUUGUAAUGUUCUACAAUCCUGAGUGUAUGAACACAUUCAAAAGGACUUUCUCACCCAUAUUCAUGAAAUAUCAUGAUCUAUACCGUCAUCAGCAUCCUGUCACGGCUUGCAAUAAACAAAACAUUUCUUAUUUGAGUUAUAGAGUUGAAUUUACACUUUAGAAUGGUGUGUUGUUGCUGGGAAAAUUUAAGUAUACAGUAUAUACAGAAUAAUAAAAAAAAUAUUUUUUAAUAAAUUGCAGUGGUGGAUUUUCUCCACAAAUCUAUUCAUCUUAAAACUAGUUAUAAGCCAUUAUUUUACACACUGUUAAAUUAUUUUGAAACUAAUGAGUUCCACAGAAAUUCAAUUAAGCAAGGUCGUGCUGCACAAACUCAUUAAGACCUUAUGUAAAAAUUAUAUUUGCUUGUCAUUAUGAACAAUUAAGCAUAAUUUAACGCAAUUAAGAAUGGUCUAAAAGGACAACCUGG